CGCUAUAAGAGCGGCCGGCGAGGGCUGGGGGGAGCCACUGCGGCGGCUCCUCCUCGCUGCGAGCCCGGCGCUGGUGGCUGCGCUUUGAAGUCGGGGAGGAGGAAGAAGAGGAAGAGGAGGGAGCGGCCGGGGCUGCCGCUGCUCCCCGGCACCCGCAGCAUCGCCAGAAUGAAGAUCCUCAGGUGGAGGUGGAGCAGCAUCUCCAGCAGCACGCAGGCCCAGCUGAAAGGUGCCCUGGCCCUUCUCUUCAUGGGCAACGUUGCCUUUGUGAUAGCUCAGGACAUGCCGCAGACCUCCAACAGCCUGGAGGAAGGCGCGGAUGUGACCGCCUACUGGUGGGGCGAGUGGACCAAGUGGACGGCGUGCACGAGGACCUGCGGCGGGGGUGUCAAGUCCCAGGAGAGGCACUGCCUGCGGCAGAGAAGAAAGUCAGUGAGUGGGCUGGCUAAUAAAACUUGCACUGGAACAUCCAAAAGAUACCAGCUCUGCAAAGUACAAGAGUGCCCUGCAAAUGGAAGGAGCUUUCGAGAGGAGCAGUGUUCAUCCUUUAACUCCCAUGUGUAUAAUGGAAGAACGUAUCAAUGGAAACCUUUAUAUCCUGAUGACUAUGUUCACAUUUCUAGCAAGCCCUGUGACCUCCAUUGCACCACUGUGGAUGGUCAGAGACAGUUAAUGGUUCAGGCUCGGGAUGGAACAUCCUGCAAAUACACUGAUUUCCGAGGGGUUUGCGUGUCUGGAAAAUGUGAGCCGAUUGGCUGCGAUGGCAUUCUCUUUUCCACCCACACCUUGGAUAAAUGUGGAGUUUGCCAAGGAGAUGGGAGCAGCUGCACUCAUGUGACUGGGAGUUACCGGAAAGGAAACUCUCAUCUUGGCUAUUCUCUGGUAACGCACAUUCCUGCUGGAGCGAGGGAUAUCCAGAUAGUAGAACGGAAAAAAUCUGCAGAUGUUCUGGCCGUGGCUGAUGAAGCUGGCUACUACUUCUUCAACGGGAACUACAAAGUUGACAGUCCGAAGAACUUCAACAUUGCAGGCACGGUGUUCAAGUACCGCAGGCCCAUGGAUGUCUAUGAGACUGGCAUAGAGUAUAUCGUUGCCCAAGGACCAACAAAUCAAGGACUGAAUAUAAUGGUCUGGAAUCAAAAUGGCAAGAAUCCAUCCAUCACGUUUGAAUACACUCUCCUGAGGAAGCCACACUCAAAAAAUCUCCAGCCUAUCUACUACACCUUUUCUGAGUCAGAUAGUGAAGAAAGCAGAGAGUUUGAUGGAGACGUGCCAUUGGGCUUUCUCCAACACAAUGCAACCUAUUUUGGGAAAAUCUCCAGGGAAAGGAUAGACUUGGAGAACCAGGUGUUUGGAAGACAGGACACGGAGGAAGAUUUAAACUUGAGCAAAGGUCAGGAAACCAAUGAGGUCUAUGAAAGAGCAGAAACAAUUGACUGUGAGCCAAAACUGAAGGGCAAACCUCCCAAAGAUUCAAACGUAACCAGGUCUACUUACCAGACAGACCAUGAUGACAGAGACUUCGACCCCAGGCUCACCUCCAGAGAAUUCCUUUCGGAGAACGCCAUCACGGACAAGCUGCUAGACAAGUCCUCCGACUCGAAGGAGCUGGUGCUCAACAUGACCAUGAACAGCAUCUUCGCCCAGGGAGACCCGCUCAACUCUGUGGGGUCGCACAUUGACAGCCUCUAUGUUGACUAUGAAGACACGGAUGGCCUUGUGACCUACACCAUCAAUAGCACCUACAUGGAGCUGAGCAAUGGCAAAGCCGUCAACACGUCUGCAGAGACUCCCUUCUCAAACACCACUGUCACCAUGACCAGCCCUCAAGGGAACAGAACCCACAAAGCAAGAAACAGAUUGAAGUUGUUAAGAAAGGGCCAAGGUGUGAGUGCUGCUGACAUGUACAGGUGGAAGCUUUCCUCCCAUGAACCCUGCAGCUCUACAUGUACCACAGGAGUGAUGUCCACGUAUGCUAUGUGUGUGCGCUAUGACGGGAUCGAAGUGGACGAUACGUACUGUGAUGCCAUGACCCGCCCCGAGCCCGUCCAUGAGUUCUGUGCUGGGAGAGAGUGCCAGCCAAGGUGGGAGACGAGCAGCUGGAGCGAGUGCUCCCGCACGUGCGGCGAGGGCUACCAGUUCCGCAUCGUGCGCUGCUGGAAGAUGAUCUCCCCGGGCUUCGACAGCUCCGUCUACAGCGACCUCUGCGAGUCGGCCGACAUCACCAGGCCGGACGAGCGCAAGGUCUGCAAGAACCCAGCCUGCGGGCCACAGUGGGAGAUGUCGGAGUGGUCGGAGUGUUCAGCGCGGUGCGGUGAGCGGAGCGUGGUGACGCGGGACAUCCGCUGCUCGGAGGAGGAGAAGCUGUGUGACGCCAGCGCCCGGCCCCUGGCCGAGAAGAACUGCACCGGGCCGCCCUGCGACCGCCAGUGGACUGUCUCCGACUGGGGACCGUGCAGCGGCGGCUGCGGGCAGGGCAGGAUGAUCCGGCACGUGUACUGCAAAACCAGCGACGGGCGCGUGGUGCCGGAGUCGCAGUGCAACCUGGAGACGAAGCCGCUGGCCAUCCACCCCUGCGGGGACAAGAACUGCCCGUCACACUGGCUGGCGCAAGACUGGGAGCGGUGCAACACCACAUGCGGCCGGGGCGUGAAGAAAAGGAUCGUGCUCUGCCUCGAGAUUGUCAAUGGCAAGAUCAAGACCCGCAACCCCGCCGACUGCGACGUGGCCAAGAAGCCUGUGGAGGAGACGACGUGUUUCGAGCGGCCGUGCUUCAAGUGGUACACGACCCCCUGGUCGGAGUGCACAAAAACCUGCGGCAUCGGCGUGAGGAUGCGGGACGUGAAGUGCUACCAGGGGAAGGACAUCGUCCGUGGCUGUGACCCGCUGGUGAAGCCAGUCGGCAAGCAGACCUGUGACCUGCAGCCCUGCCCCACAGAGCCCCCAGAUGACAGCUGCCAAGACCAGGCAGGAACCAACUGCGCUCUGGCCAUCAAGGUGAACCUGUGCAGCCACUGGUACUACAGCAAAGCCUGCUGCCGCUCCUGCCGUGCUCCCCACUCCUAGUGCGGGGCCGUGGGGGCCCGGCCAGGCUUCUCCCCCCGCUGCCGGGGUCCCAGGCACCGUGCAGGGCGAGCUGCCAGGCCCUAAGGGUGCUUCCCAUCCAUCCUGCCCUGCCGGCGCAGAGCUGCUCCCCUCUCCUCCCUGGUCAUCAGAGCUGUACAUAGAUCCUGUAUAUUUGAUUUCCCCCGACGGCAGCCAUUCACCUCUUUUUACAAGGUCUUGUCCUUUGGUUUCUUUCUGCCUGUGCACGUUUGGGGUUGGCAAUAGGGCGGCGUGAGCCUGUUGGAGGGAGAGCACCAGCACCUUCCCCUUGCGAGAGUUAGUGCCUCCUCCCUCAUUUGUCCCCAAAACCUGCGCUCUCGUUAGCUGCAUUUAACACGGUGGGGAGCUGAUCUUCAUUUGCUAAAUGAACUCGAGCCCAGGCCCUUUUUUGUAAUAUGUAGGUGUAUACUUUUUCAGAGGAUUUUAUCUUAUAAUCAAAUGGUAGUUCCAUAGUCCUUACCAAAAAAAAAAAAGAAACAUAAUGCUGACAUAUUGUAUAUAAUAUGGAAACAUAACUGCACUUUAUAUCACAAAAAAGACGUGCUCUUUUUUAAUAUAUUUGUUUACAUACAGUGAACUUUAUCCACAUAAUCAUUAAUUUGUACUCAUAUGUAUAUUUUAAUAAAAUUGUCAUAUUUA